AUGGAGAAGAAACAAACCUCCACCGAAACUCUUCGCAAAGCCAAAGAGAAGGGCGCUGAACGAGAUACUGGUAUUGUGAAUGGUGAACCGAGUUUCAAGGACCUUGAGCCAGGAACGAAGACAAACUAUAAAAAACAGUUAGAUUUAUGGCAUGAAUUCGUGCGAGAGAACCCUGGCACAUCUCCAUACGACCUAUACUCACUGCAAAAGUUCGUGAGGCAAAUGGCGUACGGAAUUGACGGCGCAGAAGGCAUUGAGAAGCCCUGCUCGAAGACCGUGCCCAACACGUUUUCCUCUUCACGCAUUGGCGAAUACAUUGAGUCCACCUGCCGACCGGGGAGCGGCCGCGGCCUCUACUAUCGUGAUAUCACGUUUGGUGCAUUUAUCAACGAAUAUGGGAAUCCCGAGUUCGCCGUUCAACUCACUCGUGAUGCCAAAAACAUGGCAAAGACGCCUCACAAGAGGCCGCAACAUGCCUUGUACGAAGGCGGAGUACCUAUGAUUCUCUGCUUGAACCCAAUGCUUCCGUUCCUUGCUCGUCUCGUAGUUCACGGAGCGUUCAGGGACUAUGAUACGAUAAAGCAGCUCUUUCGUAUUUCGCCACCCGAAGACGAGAUGUUGCAAUUACAUUGGAAGGACGAAUUGCUGGAUACUCCUUUUUUCAAGGCCCAAUUUACCAAGGACUUCGAAGAGAGGAUCGAAACUGCAGGCGCAUUUAGCAAGAUACAUCGAGCCUGGGGGGCUUCAGCCGAAGGCCUGUACUGGAUUGACAAGUUCUACUCUGAAGCGACGCGCAUGGUCCAUGCUGGCCACAUGGAUCCAAACACUCACCGUCGACACUACACGCCUACCAACGGCGCAGAUGGACAAGAUACCUACCUGGGCGGCAAAUGGCGAACCAUUGUGGCGGACCUAUUUCGGGGCCUCACAGUGCCUCGCAAUCCCAAUCUAUCUUAUGAAGAGAUCACAACUUUGGAGGGAAAGACAGAUCCUGGUUCUGUGAAGCGUCGACGGAAACUGUACGAUCAAAGGCGUAAGUUGACAGAUAAAGAGCUGCGUGAUUGGCAAAAACGACAACCGAACAAACCGAACGACCCACCCGGCUAUCAUCGGGCGAUCUUCAGUCGAGUCCGUUUCAUGAUGCCAGAGAGAGACAGUCUUAGUCGGGAUCUUUUCCAAAUUGACACUCUACGAAGUCCAACGGGUCUCCGCGCCCUGCACGCGAUGAUCGCGCUGUAUCUACAGGAAUCCGAGGUCGAGUAUCGGCCUGGGUUGGAACUUGGCAAGUGCUGUUGCUCGAAUCCGCACGGGAACAAACUCGAGGGGAAUCGACAAGCCUCUUAUGACUGGAAGCAUAUCUACACAUGUUAUAAGAGAAGCUGCGAGUGUGUCUGCGGCUUUGCCGAACUGUGUUUUCUGUGCAAUGAGUGGGUUUUUGGAGAGAGAGCUUGGGAGGACCAUUGCGACGGCCAUUUAUCCCAGCUACAAACCUUUCCGAUGUUCUGUGACCCUCUCAUGCAUGGGUUACCAGCAUCUGUACGUUUGAAGCAGUUCCUCAAUCGUGGCAAAUGGCUGGGCCACAUCCACAAGCACAUCUCUUGCCUCAACGCAGAGAAACCGGCGAAAUGUCCACACCCGCACCCUUACCGUCCGACACUAUUUGAUUCAGUCAAGCAGUUACAGUUUCACCUCCAAGACUCUCAUGGCAUCCCUUUCAUUAGAGAGACGGUAAGGCCGAAGAGAAAGAGAGAUGAAAGCGAAGACGAAAUGCCCGUACAGAGAAAGAGAAGGCCCCGUGGCCUCAACACGGAAGCUGACACAGAUGAAGACAUAGUCAAAUGCGAAUAUGUCUUUGUCAACAGCACGAUGGAGAAAAUGCAAGAACAUGGACCAAACAGCACUAAAUCGUCUUCUAGCUGUUCUACUCCACUUCAAAGUCCGGACAGCAGCUUUACAGGUGAUGAAGGCCCUCGUUAUUCCGAGACGGCACUGUCAUCAGUGUGCGGUGAAGAGUUGAUCGAUGCCGCGAUCCUCACCGGGGCGACAGGAGCAGAUCUGGAUGAUGUUGAGGUCGUCGACCUUACUAACGUCGACAAAGUGCUCUCAACAACAAUUUCCGCGACGGCACAGACUACCAAUACGUACUGA